AUGUCUCCUAAAUUACCUCCUAAACUUAGAAAGUUUGAAUCGGGAUAUGAGAAACGCAAGAAAAAGAAGAGACUUAAUGAGCUAACUCAAUCUCAAGCAGGAGCUCUCGAUAAAUUUCUUAUAAAAGAACCACAAAUUCCAAUUGAAAAUUCAAAUGGUGAUAAUGUUAAUUUAAAAACUUUUGAAGAAUUAGUUUCAUCCGAAACUAUGGAGGAAAAUAUUGAUUUUGAUGCUACUAAAAUUGAUCAAUUAGAUGCUGAUUUAGAUGCUGAGAAUGUUGAUAGUGUUAAUGAUAUUGAUUUUGAUACUACUAAAAUUGAUCAACUAGAUGUUGAGAAUGUUGAUAGUGUUAAUGACAAUCGUAAAGAUAUAUUUGAUCCAAGAAUUUGGGAUUCCCUUGAGUCUAAAAUGAUUGAUUUAUUAGCUUCAAAAGGUCCUAAAAGAGAUUUCUCUAUAGUGAAGGGUCCUAAAGAUAAAUCAUCUAGGCGUUUUACGGCAAAUUUGUAUACGAGAGUUUUAUCAAAUGCAGAGAAGUUUGGUGAAAGGCUUAGAGAGCACGAGACAGGCAUGGAACAUGUUAAGAAUAUGACUACUUGGUAUGAGUUGCGUCAAAGAUUGCAAAAUUUUCAAACAAUUGAUAAAACAUCUCAAAGAUUGAUUAACAAAGAAAAGGAUCAUUGGAAAAGUGUUUUAAAAAGAAUUAUUUCAAUAGUGAAAUUUCUUGCUAAACAUAAUUUGGCCUUUCGUGGUUCUAAUGAGAGAUUGUACCAAAAUAGCAAUGGAAAUUUUUUGGGUUUAAUUGAAAUGUUGGCUGAAUUUGAUCCAAUUGUCCAAGAACAUGUUAGACGUAUUACAAAUGAUAAUAUUCAUGUUCACUUUCUUGGACAUAACAUUCAAAAUGAAUUAAUACUUUUGCUUGCUUCUGCAAUUAAAAAUGAAAUCAUUAGAAAAACCAAACAAGCAAAGUAUUUCUCAGUGAUACUUGAUUGUACUCCAGAUGUUAGUCACCAAGAACAAAUGUCUUUGAUAAUACGAUAUGUAGAUGUUUCUUCAAAUUCUGUUAGCAUUGAGGAAUCAUUUUUAGGAUUUUUGAAUGUGAAUGAUACAUCUGGCCAAGGGCUUUUUGAUGUUUUGCAAAAUGAAAUGAAAAGUCUUGAUCUAAAUAUAUUUGAUGUGCGAGGACAAGGUUAUGACAAUGGAUCAAAUAUGAAAGGAAAACAUCAAGGUGUACAGAAGAAAUUUUUAGACAUGAAUCCGAGAGCCUUUUAUACUCCUUGUGGUUGUCAUAGUCUUAAUUUGGCAUUGUGUGAUAUGGCUAACUCAUGUAUUAAAGCUAAGGAUUUUUUUGGAGUUGUUCAACGCAUUUAUACUAUUUUUGCGAAUUCUACUAAGAGAUGGCAAAUUUUGAAAAAUAAUGUAAAAGGGUUGACUCCAAAAUCAUUAUCAUCCACUCGUUGGGAGAGUCAUAUAAAUAGUGUCAAAGCUAUAAGAUAUCAAAUGUCAGAUUUUAGAGAAGCCUUGCUUGAAGUGUCGGAAAAGGACCUUGAUUCUAAAAUAAGAAGUGAAGCUAAAUCCUUAGCAACAAACGAGCUUGGUAACUUUGAGUUUUUAAUGGCUAUAAUUAUUUGGUUUGAAUUAUUAUCUGAAGUUAAUUUUGUUAGCAAGCUUUUACAGUCAAAGGAUAUGCUUAUUGAUGUUGCUAUAGAAAAAAUAAAGGGGUUGAUUUCAUUUUUUGAGGGAUAUAGAGAAACUGGUUUUAAUAAGGCUUUGGAAUAUGCUAAAGAGAUUGCUAUUGAAUUGAGUAUUGACCCAGUAUUUCCUCAAAGACGCAUAAUUAGAAGGAAAAGACAGUUUGAUGAGAAUUUGAAUACAAUGUCUGUUGAGUUAUCUGAAGAAGAGUCUUUUAGAGUUCAUUAUUUUCUUUAUCUUGCUGAUCAAGCUAUUGUAUCUCUUAAAAAGAGAUUUGAGCAAUACCAACAAUAUGAAAAUGUUUUUGGCUUUUUGUUUACUUCUCACAAGUUACAAUCAUUGGACAAUGCAACUUUGGAGACUUGUUGUAAUCAUUUUGAAGAGACAUUAAAACAUAAUGGUCAAUCUGAUAUUGAUGGAAAAGAACUAUGUGUGGAAUUGAGGUUACUUAGAGAUAAAUUGCCUGAAGAAAAAAAAGGACCUAUUGAUAUAUUACAAUUUUUGAAAGGCAUGGAUUGUUUUCCCAAUACAAUUAUUGCUUAUAGAAUUUUGCUUACUAUUCCUGUGACAGUUGCUUCUGCCGAAAGAAGUUUCUCAAAAUUGAAGUUGUUGAAGUCUUACUUGCGGUCUACCAUGUUACAAGAAAGACUUAAUGGCUUAUCACUAAUAGCAAUUGAGAAUGAUUUGUUAGAGACAAUUCAAUAUGAAGACUUGGUUGAUGAAUUUGCUUCAAAAAGUGUUAGAAGAAUGACUCUUUUUAAAUAG